AUGUCAGCUGGAUCUCAGAUACAGAUGGCACCACAGUCAACAGUCAACACAACUCAACCAGUACAUAGCCAGGACUCCAAUAUGAGUACAGGUUCCUCUCAUAGCGACAAAGAGUUGGAUCCGAAUACUCCCGAAAAACUACCUAGGACGCCGAGCGAAAGGAAGCGGAAACGGAAAGCGGAAGAUAGCGGUGGAGGAGUGGUGAUUGGGUUGCCGGGUGCGAAGACGAACGUUAGGACCCAAUCGGCGGAGAAGAAGAUCAACGACUACUUGACCAAGCAUCCGAGUAACAGUCACAGUCCCAUCAGGAUCGCCGGUACGAAAAGUCCGUCACCUCAACAGCCCUACGCAAUGCUCUCUAUUUUUCAGUUACCUCCUUCACAACAACCAGUAGUAGUAGGGGGGAUGGCGUCCCCGAAUGUUUGUAAUACUGUUCCUUUUGAAUUUUAUAAUAAGCAACCGUUGAGGGUAACCCCACCGGCUAUGUGUAGCAAAUUAAUACAGACUGAAUUAACAUGUCAUAGGAUACAAGAGUUCGAAACGCAAGCGUCGUCGGACUUAGAAAUCGCAAAUACUAAAGUAGAUGAAUUAAAACGUGCUAACGAAGAACUGAGGCACCAAAUAUCGACGCAACAAAAAUCUAUAGACCAACACAAGCAGCAAGUGAAUAAGUGUAUAGAGGUUGUCAAAAAACUGCUCAAAGAGAAAAGUUCGAUAGAGAAAAAGGAAGCGAGACAGAAGUGUAUGCAAAAUAGGUUAAGGUUAGGACAGUUUGUGACGCAAAGGGUGGGCGCGACUUUUCAGGAAAAUUGGACUGAUGGACAUGCGUUUCAGGAGUUAGCGAGGCGGCAGGAAGAAAUAACGGCGGAGAGAGAAGAAAUAGAUAGGCAGAAGAAAUUACUGGUAAAGAAAAGGCCUUCGAAUAACGAGAGUGGUCGGAAACGGAACAAUUCGAAUGCGUUACACAACGGUACGGAUUCAGGUUUUUUGAAACCGGACGCGGUUCCCGGGUCGUUGACGUUACAGGAGUAUUACGAGGCGGACGAAAUUUUGAAGUUGCGGCAAAAUGCGCUCAAGAAAGAAGACGCCGAUCUCCAGCUCGAAAUGGAGAAAUUGGAAAGGGAGAGGAACCUACACAUCAGAGAACUGAAACGUAUCCACAACGAGGACCAGAGUAGGUUUAAUAAUCAUCCGGUGCUCAAUGACAGGUAUCUCUUGCUGAUGCUGCUGGGUAAAGGGGGUUUCAGCGAGGUGCACAAGGCGUUUGAUCUCAAAGAACAGAGGUACGUUGCCUGCAAAGUGCACCAGCUAAAUAAGGACUGGAAAGAAGACAAGAAAGCGAACUAUAUUAAGCAUGCGUUGAGGGAGUACAACAUACACAAGGCGUUAGAUCAUCCGAGGGUAGUGAAAUUGUAUGAUGUAUUUGAAAUAGACGCAAAUUCUUUCUGUACUGUACUAGAAUACUGUGAUGGACAUGAUCUUGACUUUUACCUAAAGCAGCAUAAAACGAUACCGGAACGGGAGGCGAGGUCGAUCAUAAUGCAGGUCGUGUCGGCCCUGAAGUACCUGAACGAGAUCAAGCCACCCGUCAUCCAUUACGAUCUGAAGCCUGGCAACAUUUUGUUGACGGAAGGUAACGUUUGUGGUGAGAUCAAGAUUACUGAUUUCGGUCUCAGCAAAGUGAUGGAUGAAGAAAAUUACAACCCCGAUCACGGUAUGGACUUGACGUCGCAAGGCGCCGGGACAUACUGGUAUCUUCCACCAGAGUGUUUCGUAGUAGGUAAGAAUCCCCCGAAAAUUUCAUCGAAAGUCGACGUAUGGAGCGUAGGUGUGAUAUUUUAUCAGUGCCUGUAUGGCAAAAAGCCGUUCGGGCACAAUCAGUCGCAAGCGACCAUUUUAGAAGAAAAUACCAUUUUAAAGGCGACUGAUGUACAGUUUGCCAACAAACCGGCUGUUACAAAUGAAGCAAAGAGCUUCAUUCGUAGCUGUCUGGCGUACAGAAAGGAGGAUCGAAUCGAUGUCCUUUCGCUGGCGAGACAUGAAUACCUCCAACCACCGAUGCCUAAACAUUCGAGAUUAACAUCGAACCAACAGCAGCAGCAACAGCAACAACAGCAGCAGCAACAACAAUCGGCAUCGUUUUCGACGGGUAUUUUUGGCGCCAUGAACGCAUCUUCGUCCUCCUAG